UUCUUGAAGGUUUUUCUCUGGUAAUUGUGCUUUCUCCUUCUGUUUUUUUUUGGGGGUAUUUCUUUUAUUUCAGUUAGAAUUCAUAACGAUGGAUUUGAAGACUGUUGAAGAAGAGGGAAGGGUUGAGACAGCUGAGAAGGUUAAUGUUCAGGAGGGAGGCUUGGGUUCGAAGGUGACGGGUGUUGGAAAUAUUAGUAACAAAGAUAUAUUUUUAAGAGCGGAUAGGAUAGAUUUGAAGAGCUUAGAUUUGCAGCUGGAGAAGCACCUUAGCAGGGUGUGGUCGAGGGAACAGCUUUCACCGAAGCCAAAGGAAGAGUGGGAAAUUGAUUUAUCUAAAUUGAAUAUAAGAUAUGUUGUAGCUCAUGGGACUUAUGGUACUGUCUACCGGGGCGUUUAUGAUAGUCAGGAUGUUGCUGUGAAGAUAUUGAAUUGGGGAGAGGAUGCUAUCGCCACAACAGCUGAAAUUGCUAGUCUUCGGGCAACAUUUCUACAAGAGGUUGCUGUGUGGCACAAACUUGACCAUCUGAAUGUUACAAAGUUUGUUGGAGCUUCAAUGGGAACUUCAAAUCUUAAGAUUCCUUCACAGAAUGCUGCAAGUGACUCUCAUAAUUCUCUUCCUUCUAGAGCUUGUUGUGUUGUUGUGGAGUAUCUUCCAGGAGGGACAUUAAAGCAAUUUUUAAUAAGAAAUAGGAAAAAGAAACUUGCCCUUAAAAUUGUAAUUCAACUUGCUUUAGACCUCUCUCGAGGUUUGAGCUACCUACAUUCCAAGAAGAUUGUACAUAGGGAUGUUAAGACUGAAAAUAUGUUGCUAGAUGCUGAUAGAAAUCUAAAAAUCGCAGAUUUUGGUGUUGCUCGUGUUGAAGCUCAAAAUCCAAGGGACAUGACUACUGAAACUGGCACCCUUGGGUAUAUGGCCCCGGAGGUACUCGAUGGUAAGCCUUAUAAUAGAAGAUGUGAUGUCUAUAGCUUUGGUAUAUGCUUAUGGGAGACAUAUUGUUGUGACAUGCCAUAUGCUGAUCUUAGUUUUUCCGAAGUCUCAUCUGCAGUGGUUCAGCAGAAUUUACGGCCAGAAAUCCCUAGAUGUUGCCCAAGCUCAUUGGCCAAUAUCAUGCGAAAAUGUUGGGAUGCAAAUGCAGAAAAACGCCCUGACAUGGAUGAAGUGGUGAAGUUGUUAGAAGCAAUUGAUACAAGCAAGGGAGGAGGCAUGAUACCCGAAGACCAGAAUCAUGGUUGUUUCUGCUUUAGCCCUGCUCGUGGUCCUUGACUCUCUUCUCUCUUUUCUCAUGUGUUGGUAAAGGAGCAAUAGGGCAGUUGAGCAAUUCUCCUGAUGGUUUGCCUUGUCAUGAAAGUAGCUAUUCAAAAUCUCAAAUUGCUAGCUUACCAAUUAGGCUCUCAUUGUGUAUAGACUAUAAGAUUCGGUCGCUCAUGAACAUAUAUGAUCAUUGAAAAUUUGAUGAGUUUG